AUGACAAUGCCAGUGGUCAAAGUGGAGAAAGACUCUCCAGCAGAUACCACCUUGCUUGCCUCCAAUCCUCCACCGCAGACAGAGGAGCAGCCGCGGGGUCGGAGGAGGAAGAGACCUCUCCAGCGCGGGAAACCACCAUACAGCUACAUUGCCCUCAUCUCCAUGGCUAUUGCCAACUCCCCUGACCGCAAACUAACACUGGGGGGUAUCUACAAAUUCAUCACAGAGCGCUUCCCCUUCUACAGAGACAAUUCGAAGAAAUGGCAAAACUCCAUCCGCCAUAAUCUGACUCUGAAUGAUUGUUUUAUCAAGAUCCCUCGAGAGCCAGGACGACCUGGGAAAGGCAACUACUGGGCACUGGACCCAAACGCUGAGGACAUGUUUGAGAGUGGCAGCUUUCUGAGACGCAGGAAGAGGUUUAAGCGCUGCGACCUGAGCACAUACACUUCAUAUGUGCAUGAAACACCAGUUUUUUCCCCCGUUCAGAUUACCAGACCAGCUGCGUACACCAACUCAGUCUAUCCCAACAUGACACUCAGUCCCACAUAUGGACAGCAGCUGCCCUCUGCCUACUAUCCCUCUUCGUCGCCUCCGGGGUUUGGGCACAGUCAGACCCGCAUGUUCAGCAUCAACAACAUCAUAGGACACCCGACUCCAGCCAGCAUGCUGGCAGGUCAAGGACCAGAGGUGAUGCAGCAGCAAAGCCGGAGCUUCAGUCCUGACGGGCUUCCGAAUGGAUCCAGUCCCUGCAGCUUGGGAGCUCCGGGUUUCCAGAGUCAACCGUGCGGGGGAUCUGUGCCACCCCGCUCCUCUACACAUCCGGCGUUCACCUACUCUGGACAAAACAGCCAUCCGCACCAACAUGCACACCAGGGCUCGUACGGACAGGGUCACACCCAGGGCAUGGGGUACGCAGCAGGAGGACGGAUCCACGCCUCAGCUCACGGCCCUGCAGAAACAGUGGACCAUUACGGCAGGGUCUCCCCAGUGCAGCUGGGGUCUUUCUCCCAGUAUAACAGCGCUGCAGGUCCUAUUGGAAACACUGGGGGAUACCUCAGACACCCCACCUACCCGGGGAAUAUGGACCGUUUUGUUUCUGCUAUCUAA